UCGUUGGUGCGGAGCCAGGCCGCAGCUCCCGAAGGCGUCCGGCUCAAGUUCAUCGACGCUGAUGUGGCUGCGCUGCGGGAGGCCGACGGCGCAGUGGUGGUGAUCGACAUCGUGGAGGGAUGUUAUGCCGCCAUUGUCACCUGCGGUGAGCUCAGGCAGUGCCUGUCGCAGGCGCGCAGCAUCAAGCCCGUCCUGGUUCUGACCAAGCUCGACCGCGCCUUUCUCGAGCUGCAGCUUGUAAACGAUGAUGAGGAGAUCUACUCGAGUAUGUGCCGAUGCAUUGAGUCGGUCAACAGAUUUAUCAUCGACUUGCACAGGGGCGAGGCUUGGUUGAGCCUGACCAGGGCACUGUCGCCUUUGCCUCGGGCCUACACGGCUGUGAUGACCUUUGCCACAUUACUUGGCCAGAAGUUUGGUGUGGCACCUGCAAUACUACAGAAACGUCUGUGGGGCGACAACUUCUACGAUGCUGAUGUUAAGAGGCGCAAGACCAACAUCUCGCCUACGACUGGCAAGAGGCUGGAUCGAGGCUUCUGCUAUUUCGUGCUGAGCCCCAUCCGCUUCAUUCUCACAGCGUGUCUGGGCGGCCCUGAGCAGCGGGAGGCCCUCGACAAGGCCCUCCUCAAGCUGGGCAUUGAGCUCCAGCCUGAAGAGAAGGCUCUCCAGGGCAAGGACCUCAUGAAGUGUGUCAUGCCCAAGUUCCUCCCUCUUGGCACGGCACAGCACCCAUCCUGUCCUCCUUGCACUGCUUGGUUUCUGCUUUCAUGA